AUGAAGCGAUUUCCCAUUGUACUUUUGUUCUGUGCAGAGAAUGGCAACAAGGGCAAGCUUGGGAAGGCAGCGUACUUGGAGAAGUGGAUCACAACAAUAGCUCCAUUAAAAGCCGGCGAAACAGCCUACGAUGUCAGCUUCGAGUGGGAAGAAGAAGAGAUCGGAGUUCCAGGAGGGUUUCUUAUCAAGAACAAUCACCAAACGAGUUCUUCUUAA